AGGAGACGAGCGGGUUCGCAGGCGCUGCGGUACCCUGUGCCGGCCGCGGUGAGCGGUGCCAAAGGUCCUUGGUACUAGUGCCCAGGUGCCCUCUGGCCUUGGCCUCCGGCCCUCCUAGCCCUUACCCUACAGUACCGGGCGCCCGAUAGGACCGGCCGCCACGGUCAGGCUCUGAUGCUGGUCUCUGUUAGAAGGAGGCUGCUCACAGCUCUGCUGCAGGUUCAGAAGUGGCCCUUUCAAUCUUCCAGAGAUAUGAGACUGGUGCAGUUCCAGGCACCCCACCUGGUGGGGCCUCACCUGGGCCUGGAGUUGGGGAAUGGUGAAGGGGUCAUCAACCUCAAUGCCUUUGACUCCACACUCCCCAAGACGAUGACGCAGUUCUUGGAGCAGGGAGAGACCACCCUUUCAGUGGCAAGAAGAGCCCUGGCUGCCCAGUUGCCAGUCCUACCACGGUCAGAGGUGAUCUUCCUGGCCCCAGUCACGCGGCCAGACAAGGUGGUGUGUGUGGGCAUGAAUUAUGUGGACCAUUGCAAAGAACAGAAUGUGCCUGUGCCCAAGGAGCCCAUCAUCUUCAGCAAGUUCGCCAGCUCCAUCGUGGGGCCCUAUGAUGAGAUCGUCCUCCCACCUGAGAGCCAGGAGGUGGACUGGGAGGUGGAGCUGGCUGUGGUCAUUGGGAAGAAGGGCAAAUACAUCAAGGCCACAGAUGCUAUGGCUCAUGUGGCUGGCUUCACUGUGGCUCAUGAUGUGAGUGCUCGUGACUGGCAAAUGAGACGCAAUGGGAAGCAGUGGCUGCUGGGAAAAACCUUCGACACCUUCUGCCCGCUGGGCCCUGCCUUGGUGACCAAGGACAGUGUAACAGAUCCACACAACUUAAAGAUUUGCUGCCGAGUGAAUGGAGAGGUGGUCCAGAGCAGCAACACCAACCAGAUGGUGUUUAAGACCGAAGAACUGAUAGCCUGGGUCUCCCAGUUUGUCACUUUAUACCCAGGGGACGUAAUCCUGACUGGGACCCCCCCAGGUGUUGGUGUAUUCAGGAAGCCUCCUGUCUUUCUCAAGAAGGGAGAUGAAGUCCAGUGUGAGAUCGAAGAACUAGGUGUCAUUGUCAACAAGGUGGUGUGAUGGCUCCUGCACAGGCCCUGGACUUAGGACAAAAAGGGGGCAUCUAUUCCCACUCAGCCCAGCACAGGGAAAGGCCCGAUGCCAGAUGUGGGCAGGUGCUGGCCCUUCAAGUCUCAUCUAGGCAGAAAGGGAAAAAAGUUCAAUAAACUUGUUAAACCAGAGCAG